AUGUUGACCGAGCCGAAAACGUCUCGGGUCGGCAUCGGUAGGGCUGGUGAAACGCUUUUCGUACGGAAUGUAACCCUUUUGAACUGGCCGUACUGGUCAUCCAAUCAAUCGCCCAUAGAGGAUAACAGGAUGGUACCGGACUGGUCCCUCGUGGCUAUCCGUGGAACAUGUGCCAUUGAUGCAAUUCCAUUGGCCGUGCUUGCAUGGGUUAGACAAGAUGUUACAUUCCUGGCAUGUAACCCUGGCGGUGCUAGCAGGCAUGAAGGGAGAAAUGGGGAGAAAUGGGCGAGGAAUGAGGAGGGAAAGGAAAAGAAAGGGUCACUCCCUUGCGCACUCGGCAAGUGUUGCCCCCCGUAUCCGGGGGCGCCGAAACAUUCCUCAUCGGGAAGGCAGAACAGCAGUCCACCAUCUGCCAUCUCGCACCAUAUCUAUCUACAUUCUGCAUGA